AUGACCUGUUCGCUUGUGGGUCGUGAUUACAUAUGUUGCGAGCAGCUAAUUGGUACAAGAACUGCUAGCGGAUCUGCUUCGACGUCAGAAAAAGCAAAGAGAACGAAAACUCAAAAAACGCCGUAUCAAGCCUUGGAAUGCCCGUCGAACUCCAUAGGUCUUCUCGGUCGCGAUGGUCUUCCCUUAAUGUGCAGCACAAAGCAAAGAUGUCCAGGUAAAGCGUUCUGCCACUCUACCAGUGGUCGGUCCAUCUGUUGCGAAUCCUAUGAAUUCGCCUCAAACAUUCUCGAAGCAUCUGAAAACAAUAUCCGUCGUUCUGCUGAAGUUAGGACUCCUGUAAAAGUGCUGGAACGCACGGCCUCAUCUAUGUCUAACACGGGUAAUAUAAACUCUCACUUCUUUCUUAAGCUUUUGUGAAC